AUGCAGGUGGAUGUUUGUCAUGCCUAUCAACUUUUGAAAAGAGGAGGGUUGAAGGACGAGAACAUAGUUGUGUUCAUGUAUGAUGAUAUUGCUUGGAGUUUGUUCAAUUCGAGGCCAGGCGUCCUUAUAAAUCAUCCAAAUGGUCCUGAUAUAUACGCUGGGGUGCCUAAGGACUAUACUGGUAAGGAUGUCACUGCUAAAAACAUUUAUGCUGUGCUACUUGGCAACAAGAGUGCUAUAAAAAGUGGUAGCGGAAAAGUAGUGGAUAGCAAACCUCAUGACAGAAUCUCCGAGCAUUACUCAGUUCGUCGGCCGUUAUAUGUCGAUUUGAAGCGUCGGUCGGUGACCUUGUUUAUUCUGGUCCUCUUUACGACCGUGAUGGUGUUUGCUGUGGGAAUGUUAUGCUCAUUAUCCAAAGGAGAUGAUCGCGCAGGUUCGCAAAAUAGGUUGGACCACGUGCUUCAUGCUGGUGUUAGGCAGAGGGAUGCAGUUUUCCACUACCUAUGGUUUAGGUACAAGAAUUCCAAAGAUGGUUCCGAGAAGACAAAAGUAAUAAAGGAGAUAAGGGAUACAAUGAUGCGUAGGAAAUACUUUGAUGGAAGUGUGGACAUUAUCGCUCUCUUCCUAUUUGGACCGGGGAAGAGUAGGUCAAUUCUCAAAUCUGAGCCAGUUAUGAAUCAUACGGACUGUCUCCCAUCAAUGGUGCAGGUGUUUGAGACCCACUCUGGGGUGCCAGAUGAAGAUGGCUUGAUUCACACGAGAGAAUUUGCAAUUUUUUGCAACAAGGGGAUCUCCCAAGCUGCACUGGAGAAAGCUUGCAUAGCUGCAUGUAGUGGGUACGACAAGGGACAACGGGAUCCUUCCAUCCGAGGUUAUUAG